AUGGAAUCUCGUCUCUGGGAUGCGUUUCGUGCGUAUCCUCGGGUUGUCCGCGAAGCCUAUCAGGACGACGAUGCUGUUUAUCAACGGAAUCUCCAGAUACUCAAGGUAAUUUGAUGUGUUUUUCUGUUUUGAUCUUAUUUUAGUUGGCUAUUUUCAUUCUGGGAAACUUGACCUGCAUAAUUGGGACGUUUGUAUCGAAAAGUAUUAUCUAUUUACUGGCAACUAACAUCGGAAUUAUUCCUCCGCAACGGGACAUUAGGUUUUAUCAGAAAUGUAAAGGUAGGUGAUGUUGUUUUAGGUAUAUUUUUGUGUUUUUAUUUAGUUUUUUGGUUAAUUAUUUUAAAUUGAAGUUUGCUAAACUAUAUCGUAAGUUUAGAAUCUGGUCACGAACAAAAUGUUACUCAUUUUGCGUUUUUAUGCGCAUCUUUAUGGGUAAUACAGUCUGUUCCUGAUAUAUGCACUGUCAUCCUCAAUAUCUACAAGCAUAACAAGGAGAAUACGAAGAAAUCAAGGAUAUUUUGGCAGGUAUGUCUACUUGGUGUUAUCUUAUGUGUUUAGAUUGUUUUCUUGGAAGCUUGUAGAUCUACAGGACUUGGCCUUCUGAUUGCUGGUGUAUAUCCUAUGUUAGACAUUCCAAGAUGUGUUUUGCUGUCAUGUGCGAUCGUUAUGUUGUCGUACCUUAAGAGGACGUUUAACAAUAUUAUAAACUACGCCUUUUUGGAUGCCGUUCACAGUAAUUGUUCGCGGUUUUUGUCGCUGAUUGGAGUGUUUCCAUUGAUAAUAUGCUUCUUCGUUAUGGCAUCUGGGUCAAUGGUGUAUGUGUGGCAGGAUUCCGAUAACAAAUUCCUUCAAGUUUUACCGUUGGCAAUGAUUUUGUGUUCUAUUGGAUAUUGGGAGUCGUGGAUCGAUGUUGAGAGCAAGGGCGGAUACUUUGACACGGCUUUUAAGGUUGGUUUUAGUUUUUUGUAUUUUCAUAUGAUUUUUAGGUAAUAUUUAGUGUUUUUGAUAGAUUAUAAUUAUGAAAUUGAAUAAAUUGUACUUCUUUGUUUAGAAUAUUUUAAAAUGCAAAUCUAAACUGAAAAAUUAAUGAUAAUAUAUGAAACUGCUUGAUUUCAGAUAAAAUACGGAGUAAAGAAGCUCAAUAGAUUGACAAGAGUUUACUGUGGUAUUGUGAGACUGAUAUGUUCAUUCAGCGUACUUUAUUGGGCAUUACGACAUCAUGGAGUACCAGUGGGUACACUUUUGAAGUCUUUUGUACAUUGGAGUGCAUUGAAAGGUGAAGGGUAAGAUUUUUGGUUUUUUGUAAGUGAAAAUGGGUAAAAGAAUAUAUAUUUAUCUUUGGUAUAUUUGGUUAAAUAUUUUUUUUAUUAAUUAUUCGCUACUUUAUGAGUUCUGUGUAAUUUUUAGGCGACUGUUCCUACUAGCCUACAUUGCUGUGUUUGCCAAUUACUACGUCCGAGUAUGCUCUCGAUUCUUGGCUGCUAUGAAGUUGAAGAUCGUGCCAAUUUUACACCCAGUCUUUAUUACACCACCGAUUAUGUUCAUUGUGUAUCACUCGUUGUGCCAUUUUGCAUCAAUCUGUGAGAUCAACGAGCUUUUGCACCCAUUGAGGUUGAACUUGGUAUGCAGGAAGUAUGCCCAUGGAGGUGGAGUAGUGCCUGAUUACUGGUUGACGCCGCUGUACAUGUUGUUGUACUUGAUGUGGAGUUACGGGUUUAUAAUUGGGAAUGAUUACUCUCCAACUGAUGAUAUGUAAGUUGUUAACGAUUAUGUUUGUAGACUUUAUAUGUUAAUACUGCUUAUUUUGUUAAAGUAAUAAUACUCUAUAUCUUAUUUUAGUAUCGAAAGUAUGCCCCCAAUGCUGGUUGGUCUUGAUCCAAUGCAAUCCCAAGUCAUCUUCCAAUAUUCUGUCGGAUCAAAGCACAAGAUAGAUCUAGAAGAGGAGGAAGACGAAGAUUCCGAGCUCCGUAUCAUCAACACGGACGUAGACAAGGUAAUCACACUUUAUGUUUGUGCUACAAUGUGGCACGAGACCAAGAUGGAGAUGUCUCACAUGUUGAAGUCGGUCCUUAAACUGGAUGAAGAACAUGCUAGAAGGUUGGCGGAGAAGAACACUAAGGAUAGAAUAAAGUUUAGAUUGGAAGUUCACAUCUAUUUGGACGAUGCCUGGGAGAACGAUUCUGAAUGCGGAAGGAUUCCGAACUCCUACUUCAAACAGUUGUUCGAGCUGCUGAUCGAGUUGACUGGGUGUGUUUUGUUGUUUACGUUGUUUUAUGAUAUUUUACUUUUUAUAACGACAUUGAUAUUGUUUUAUAUGAUUUCAGGGACGAUAUCGUGUCGUCUGACCCCCACUCUCGCGUUUUACUGAAUACUUCGUACGGUGGUCGACUUGUGAUGAGAUUGAACGCAGGUACACUGCUUUUCGUACAUCUGAAGGAUAAGAGUUUAAUCAGAAACAAGAAGAGGUGGUCUCAAGUAAGAUAUUACUCUCUCUUUUUAUGGCUUUUAAAUCUUAUAAGAUUUGAUAAUUUACUUAUGGUUUUGAUUUGUAGGUAAUGUACAUGUAUUACCUUCUUGGACAUCGUAUCAUGGACUCCCACAUGAGUGUAGAAGACAAACAAGUCUACGCUGACAAUACCUACCUUCUGGCCAUUGAUGGAGAUUCCAUGUUCGAACCGAGCGCUGUAAUCAAACUUAUCCACAUGAUGAAUAUCAAGAGUGAUAUCGGAUGUGCGUGUGGUCGUAUUCAUCCAAUUGGCGAAGGUAUUAUGGUUUGGUAUCAGAAGUUUGAGUACGCCAUUGCUCAUUGGUUUCAGAAGUCGGCCGAACACGUGUUUGGUUGUGUGUUGUGUGCUCCAGGGUGUUUCUCGUUGUUUAGAGCAUCAGCUUUAAUGGAUGAUAAUGUUAUGAACAAGUAUACCAAAACAGCAUCGGAACCGCGACAUUUCGUACAGUACGAUCAAGGAGAAGAUCGAUGGUUGUCUACUUUGCUUCUGAAACAAGUAAAUUUCUUGUUUUUGUUAGUUUUAUAAGGGGUCAUUUUCGUGCGGCACUUAUGUUAAAGUCGUUGUAAUGCUGUUUUGUACUGUAAAAAUUGCCCUUAUUUAGUGGGCAUUUAAAAGUUAACAUAUCAUUUCAGGGCUAUCGUAUUGAGUACGCAGCUGCAGCAGAUGCAGAAACGUAUGCACCAGAAGGCUUUGAAGAAUUCUUUAAUCAAAGACGUCGAUGGACUCCAUCUUCAGUAGCAAAUACGAUCGACUUAUUGGCGGAUUAUCGACUGGCAAUCAAGAACAACGAAAGCAUCAGUAUGUUGUAUAUCGCAUAUCAAAUGAUGGUUAUUGGCUUUUCUAUGCUUGGACCUGCUAUUAUCUUCAGUAUGUUGGUGUAUGCUCAGGUAAGUCUACAUGUGUUUUGAUUUUGACGUUUGAUUCUUGAUGCUUACAAAGAUUGGUUGCUUUUCGAGCUUGUUUUUUUUUAAAUUUUUACACUUUUUUAUUGUAACAUUUUUGUAACUGAAUGUUGUAGGUAUCCGCUUUUGGCAUCGACUCAACCACGGUAUUGUACUGGAAUGCGGCUCCGAUCCUUUCGUUUAUCGCUGCCUGUUUCUUGGCCGAAUCCAGUUUUCAGUUGGCAUUUGCAAAGUAUGCCUCUGUAGUGUACGCUUUUGUUAUGCUGGCUGUAAUGAUUGCUACCGCUAACCAAAUUGUGCUGGAAAGUAAGUUGUUUUAUAUUAGUUUUUUUACUUUCCCGCUCGUGCUUGAAGUAUGAUACAAGAAAAAAGCCUUUGCAGUAAUAGAUUAUUAUUAAAUUUGCAUCUUUUAUGGUUAUCGUAAUCAAUAAUUGUAUUAUUUUCAGCAAUCUUUUCUCCAACAUCAAUGUUCGUAUUGGGAAUGGUGCUUAUCUUCAUGUUCGCUUCCUUCAUUCAUCCAAAGGAAUUCAGAAACAUUUUGUUUGGUUUGGUGUUCUUCUUAAUGAUACCUUCAACUUACUUGUAUCUGUCAUUGUACUCUCUGAUCAACUUGAACGUUAUCAAUUGGGGAACACGAGAAGCUGUCAAUAAGGCUAUGGGAAAGGAAACUAAGUCGGCUGGAUUCUUGGAAGGAGUUCUGAAGAAGCUGGGCAUCGGAGAAGAGGACUCUACCUUCACGAAGCUCAUGUCAUCGUAUACACAAAGUAAGAGCUCAGAUACGAUCAAACAGCUGGAGGAGAGAUUGGAGAAGACCGAAAGGAUGUUGAGCUCAGUUAAGGUAGGAUUAUGAACACUUUUAAGUCGUUAGUAAUAUUUUUGUUUGUAUUGUUUACAUUAUUCAACUUUUUCAUUCAGGAUGGUGACUUAUCAGUACGAUCACUCGAUAGUCAGCUCAACACAAAUAUCGCAAAUCAGUCAAAUGAGGAAGAAACUGCCAAAUCAGGAAGAAUUGUCAAGAAACGAUAUGCAGACACGAGCACAGAAGGACAGCCGGCUCGAUUCUUGUGGAUGGACGCCGAAUACCUGCAAGGCUGUGACAGAGGAAUUCUGAAGACGGCCGAGGAAAAGUUCUGGGAUCAGCUGAUCGAGAAGUACCUGAAGCCAAUGGAAUCGUCGAAACAGGAACAAGCUGACAUCGCUGAAGGAUUGGUUGGGCUGAGGAAUAAGAUUGCUUUCUCGAUCAUUUUACUCAACGGAUUGCUGGUUUUGGCAGUGUUCUUGUUGCAACGACACAAGGAUGUGCUUUCUGUUCAGUUCACUCCUUACGGUAUGAUUUUGUGAGCUUUGCAUCUUUUUUGUGUCAUCUUAUUAUAAAAAUUAAAAGGAUAACUAGUUUAGUUUUUAAGAUUGUAAUACAUAAAAAUUAACUAUUCAUUGAUGCUGAAUUAAUAAAUGUUGUGUUACAGAGGGCUUCCAAUGGACAAAGAUGAACGAAACGACCGGUAAAUUCGACAAAACAGAUGAAGCUCUGAAAGUGGAUCCUCUUGGAAUGGGAAUCAUCUUCUUCUUGUUUGGUAUCUUGAUCGUACAAGCAAUUGGGAUGAUUAUUCACAGGUUGAAUACCCUGGUAGAAGCCCUACAUGAAGUGUCGGAAAUGGAGCCGGAUAAGGGCAAAUCGGACAAAUUCAAGGAUCAUCAGAACGUUUUGGAAGAGGGUAAGGGUCUUUGACUUUCUUUAAUAUAAAAGUAUGCUUAUUUAUCCAAAAAAUUUGUAGAAUGCUUUUGUAAAUACUUUUUUUUAUUUAUAGCUAUAACAUUUUUAGCCCGUCAAAUGCUGGCUACAGUACACUACGACAAGGCGCACGGUGCCGAAGGCUAUGUCAGGAAAGGGGUGGACAAUAACGCGGAAAGCAGGAAUGUGUUGUACAAGUUGCACAGUCAGUUUAAUAGCUAA